UUACCAAGCGUUUGCUAACUUGAGGAAGAUCGCGAAAGAUUAAAUGGCAUUUUAUAGUAUUUUAAGACCGAAAUUAUGUCAGAUUGUGACAACAGUCAAAUUUUCUCCGUGCUUUCAACGAACAUGUAUCCCGUUCACCUGUUCAAUUGUAGACUUAAAAGGUGACCAUGUGGGUGCUGCAUUGCAGUCUCGAGGAUACAGGAAGAAAAUAGAUGUUUCACAUCUGAAACCACUGAAUUUUGAUUAUUCAGAGGAUCUAGUCAAACAAGAGCCAUUUGAUCCAUCUGAAAUCAUGUUCAAAUACAGAGAUGUUCCAGAGAUUAAGGAAUUACCAGACCAUGUGAAGAAAUUGUUUACUCUAGAUUAUGCUACUUCUCAAGAAAGGUUGGAACAUCGUAAUGCUGUAUUGUUGGAAAAGGUUACUGAUCUUGUUGGUCCAGGACCAUGUUUGGAGAAAGAAAUUUGUUACUUGACGAUAAAGAUUCGGAACUUGAUACCUUAUAUUGUUGGUGAUAGAAGGAACAAAAGACAUAAAAGUUAUUUAAUUGAGAGAAUUGCCAAGAGAAAAAAGUUACUGAAGUUCCUUCGUAAGCUUGAUUAUGACCGUUUUCUGUGGUUACUGAAGGAAUUGAAAGUGACGUGGACACCAGAUGACCCAUAUAGAUACUUCAACAAAUUGUCAAAGAAAGCAAUCCUUAAGAAAGAGGCACGUGAAGAAAUGUUAAGUGAAAAGAGAAAGAAAGUUGAAAACAUUCGAGCAGAACUAGAAACUGAAAAAGAAAAGUUUUAUAAAAUGAAAGAGAAAGUUCUGCAAGAAAUUGAUAAUGAUAUUAAAGAGUAUGGGUUGAAUAAAGUAGAAAUAUUGAAGUCGUUUCAAGAUCAUAUGAUAGAGCAACAGAAAAAGAAUAUUGAAGGGGCAAAGAAACUGAAUAAAUUGCAAAGAACCAUAAAUGAACAGAAGGAGCAGAAAGAAAGAGAUAGUAGGAUAUUUUGAGAUAUGCCUGAUACAUAGAAUUGACAAAUAAAAAAAUGAAAGAUGAA